AUGAAUAAAGUCAGCCGAAUUGAGCUUUUCAUCUAUGCCGCUUUCUAUGUCAUCUUCAUUAUUGGAUAUCAACUCUACUGCAAGGAAUUAGAAAAACGACCAUAUAAAGGCCGACCAUCAAAUAAAGUUAAAAGCAUCCUCUUGGGAUUUUAUAAUCCUCAAGGAACAAAUUACUCAGAAAUUGUGAAGAAGUUGAGCGUAGUACCUUACCUUUUGGUCUACUCUCUGCUAUGCUUAAUUAUCAAUGUUUCAAAUGUGCCAUUUGUAAUUGAAAAAUUGAAAUACAUUAACGCCGUUUUAGAAAAGGGAAGUUGUGGACUUUCUAUCCAUCGUGAUAAUGAUAUCUUUGUAUGGAGUGACACUGAUUGGAGUGAUAAUUACAAUGAUGGCUGGUAUGGCAAUUAUUGGCAAGACUUCAGAGAAUAUAUUGAGACUACUUCCUUGGUCUAUGCUGGUUUCUAUGCUCACGUGAUCCGAGCUAUGUUAAUUUGCUGCGACUAUGCAAAUUCUCCGGAACCAAUCAGCUGGAAGCGCCUAUUUUCCGAGAGCAUUGGCUUUUCCGCUUUUACCAACGUCUACAUGCCAUCCUCCUUCAUCCUCUUCAACGAUUGGAAACAGUGGAAAGAUGGCAAGCAUGAGAACCCUGGGUACCUCUGUUGGCCUGUAUUAAACCCCACCACAAAAAUCAUUGCCGGUGGAGAGAAGUGGGCAACAAUUAUUCCUGGUUAG